GCUCUGCUCUGGGUCUAGUUAGUAGUUUUAGAUAGUAGUAAUUAGGUGCAAGGUCUUCUCUGUUGUGUUGAGGCUUCCUCUCAGUUUUUAGUCAGUUGUGCUAGUGGUUCUUUUUUAUCCCGUUGGCUAAUUUGCCUGUGUCACCACUCUACUAGCGUCUCUGGUAUCUAACACUCAGCGAGUUUGCCUUUGGCUCUGCACCAGCUGUAGCUGUGACUCAGGCAGCAUUUCGUCUAGUGCAGAAGUUUAGCGUUUAGCCUUAGUGCUAGCUGCAUCUAACCAGCUGUGACAUCCAACAGCAUUUAGGCUCUUAAGUUUAAAAUAAAGCAUUAAUUGACCUUGGUCUCUAGCCAUUUCCUCAGCUGUUAUUUAGCCCAAAGUUUGCAUUAACCUGUGUGCUAACUCUCAGUCCAGCUAAUCAUGGAUGCUAAUCAAGGCCCAGGCCAGGGCAGCCCAGAAAGCCCUAACCGGGCUGUGGAAUACCUUCUUGAACUCAACAACAUCAUCGAGAGCCAGCAGAAGCUUCUAGAAACCCAGCGGCGCCGAAUCGAGGAGCUGGAGGUCCAACUGGACCGGCUCAGCCAGGAAAAUAAGGACCUGCGUUUGGACCGACAACCUGUCGCUCCUCCUGCACCUGCUCCUCCUGAGCCUCCUCUACCUCCUCCUCCUCCGCCGCCCCCGCCGACUCAGACCACAUCGACAUCCAUUUCUACCAAGAACCACCACCACCACCACAACAGCCAACACCAAACUCCUCCCCAGCCUCUUUCCUCCAUCCCGCUCCACCACAGCCACCACCAUCAGCAUCAUCAGCAGCACUACCACUCCUCCGCCCACCACUCCUACAACAGCACCAACAGCACCGGUACGACUGCUAUCUCGGUUCCUGCUCCAGCUUCAGCCCCAACCUCCAUCUCGAUCCCGACCCAAAUCCCAGCCUCGAUCUCCUCCCCAGCCCCGGCUCCACCUCCCCCUCCUCCAAUCCCACCCAGGGAGCAGAUGCGGGCCCACAGCCGGUUGACCCGUGCAGCCUCCACCAGCACCGGCACCAACACCAACUUCGUGGAGAAAGAGAGGGAGAGGCUUGAGCGCCUGCACAGAGCCAACGCCACCAACAACCACCACGCCCACACCCUUCACCAUCAAAAAUCUGUGGAGGGCGACUCUCAGUGUCCGGAGGCGCUCACCUUUUCUGAUUCAUCCUUCGGCCAUUCACCUCCCUUCCAUCGCUUUAGCAACAGCCCCCUCUCCAGCCCCUGCGAUCCCUACAGCUCUGCCUCCACCAGCGGGCCCCUGGGAGCCUCCCACACACACACACAGGGCAGCUCUCCCAUCUCUCCCCCCAGCCCGGCGAGCCUUGCCUGGGCUCAGCGCAGCCGACACCAGCCGGCCAGCCUGGCGCUCCGCAAGCAAGAGGAGGAGGAGAGCAAACGCUGCAAGGCUCUCUCUGACAGCUAUGAGCUCUCCACAGACCUCCAGGACAAGAAGGUGGAGAUGCUGGAGAGGAAGUACGGGGGCCAGUUCGUGUCCCGGCGGGCAGCGAGGACGAUCCAGACAGCGUUCAGGCAGUACCGCAUGAACAAGAACUUCGAGAGGCUUCGCAGCUCCGCCUCCGAGAGCAGGAUGACCCGGCGCAUCAUCCUGUCCAACAUGAGGAUGCAGUACUCGUUUGAUGAGCGUCAGCCGCAGGGUCAGGGGUCAGCAGGUCAGCAGGGCUCAGAGGACGCAGGAGACAUGGACGACUCCUUCUCUAAGCAGGUAAAGUCCCUGGCCGACUCCAUGGACGACUCCCUCACCUGCCAGUCCGGCCGCGAGGACUCCCAGGAAGCAGGAGGGGAAGGAGAGGAGGACGACGAGGAGGAUGAGGAGGAGGGAGACGAAGAGGAGGAGGAGGAGGAGGAAGAAGGGGAGGAGGAUGAGGAGGAGGACGAGGACGAAGACUACGGACAGUGUGCGUGGCGCAACACCGGUGCAUCCUCCCGACGUGCCGCGGGCCGGGUGGGAGGAGGUGGAGGGAGAGGAGGCGUGGGAGGAGGAGCCGCCAUGCACGAGGACAGCACCACCACCUCCUUCAGCGAUGUCACCCUCUACAUGGACGAGGGCUGCCUCCCCUCCUCGCCUCUCUCCCGCCCGCCCUCCUCACCGCUCUCCCGCCCCGCCUCCAGCUCCGACACUGAGUACUGGGGAGGAGGGGGAGGUGGAGGUGCAGGGGCGAGAGAGGACAGCAGGGAGACGGAGGGAGGCAGCAACACUAGUCGGAGGAGCAGCACCCCCUGUACAGAGUGUCGGGGGGAGUACAGAGGGAGGGCAGGAGGAGGAGGAGGAGGUGGACACCUCCCUGUCCUGACCAUCGAACCGCCCAGUGACAGCUCAGUGGACAUGAGUGACAGGUCAGAGCGAGGCUCUAUCGGACGCCUGGUGUACGAGCAGGAGCCGUCCGGAGUCGAGCGAGGAGGAGAGAGGGAGAGGAGGGGAGCGGGAGGGGAGGGGGAGAGUGGAGAGGACGAUCGAGGAGGAGGAGGGGGAGGAAGCAGCGAAGCCGACUCGCCACAGGGAACCAUCAAACACAAACCAAACGGCCGCUCGGUGGCCACAGCGCAGGGACAGACACGCAGCCCGGCCAACGUCCCCCUGCCGAUGCCCUCAGCCCGGACCCUGCCCUCGCAUCCGCUCCCUCACCCGCUGCAACACCCACAUUCACACCCCCAUCCUCACCCGUCGCCCAUCCCCCACCUCCCCACCAUCCUCCACCACCACCCACAGUACGCCCAGCCACACGUCAUGCACAUGCACCACGGGCACGCCGGCAGCCCUUACAUCCAGCACGCACACCACUUCGCCCAGCACCACUACCACCACCUGCACCACCAACACCACCACCUUCCCCAUGUUUACCCAGAACCCCCCUCUUCCCCACUGCCCUCCCCUGUACCACCACUCACACCUCUCUCACCCCUGCCGCCACCGCUCACACCCUCGCCGCUGUCUUCCUCCUCCUCCUUGGCGCUACAAAACAUGGAGGCACAGCAGCAGCCGCACCUCGCCCACCACCCCCACCUGCACCACCACCACCUGCUCUGCUCGGACGGAGACAACGAGAGCGUCAACUCCACCACCACCAACUCCAACGACGACACCACCGUCAACAACUGCAGCUCUGGCUCCUCCUCACGUGACAGCCUCCGGGAGCCGAUGGGAGGGGCCACGCUGGGGAAGCAGACCUAUCAGAGAGAGAGCCGCCACAGCUGGGACUCACCCGCCUUCAACAACGACGUGGUGCAGCGACGGCAGUACCGCAUUGGACUCAACCUGUUUAACAAGAAACCAGAGAAGGGGAUCCAGUACCUGAUCGAGAGGGGUUUUGUGUCGGACACACCGGUGGGCAUCGCCAGGUUCAUCCUGGAGAGGAAAGGACUGAGCAGGCAGAUGAUCGGAGAGUUCCUGGGCAGCCGGCAGCAGUUCAACAAGGACGUCCUAGACUGUGUCCUGGAUGAAAUGGAUUUCUCUGGGAUGGAUCUUGACGACGCUCUGAGGAAGUUCCAGGCUCAGAUUAAAGUUCAGGGAGAAGCUCAGCGGGUGGAGCGACUAGUGGAGGCUUUCAGUCAGCGGUACUGUGUUUGCAACCCAGUGCUGAUCCGGCAGUUCCAGAAUCCAGACACCAUCUUCAUCUUGGCCUUUGCCAUCAUCCUCCUUAACACUGACAUGUACAGCCCCAACGUCAAGCCGGAGCGGAAGAUGAAGCUCGAGGACUUCAUCAAGAACCUGCGGGGUGUUGAUAACGGUCAGGACAUCCCCAGGGACCUGCUGGUUGCGAUCUAUGGAAGGAUCCAGAAAUGGGAGCUGAGGACCAACGAUGACCACGUGUCCCAGGUCCAGGCAGUGGAGAGGAUGGUGGUCGGCAAGAAGCCUGUGCUGUCCCUGCCUCAUCGCAGGUUGGUUUGCUGCUGUCAGCUGUUCGAGGUUCCGGAUCCGAACCGAGCUCAGAGGAGCGGCGUCCACCAGAGAGAAGUCUUCCUGUUCAACGACCUGCUGAUGGUGACAAAGAUCUUCCAAAAGAAGAAGACUUCGGUUACGUACAGUUUCCGACAAUCCUUCCCUUUGGUGGAUAUGCAGGUCCACACCUUCCAAAACACCUACUACCCUCACGGUAUCAGGCUGACGUCAGCGAACCCUGGAGGAGAGAGGAAGGUGCUGAUCGUCUUCACGGCUCCGAGCCAGCAGGACCGAGCACGCUUCACCUCCGACCUCCGAGAGAGCAUCGCAGAGGUCCAGGACAUGGAGAAGUACAGGGUGGAGUCCGAGCUCGAGAAGCAGAAAGGCGUGAUGCGUCCCGGCGUGCUGACAGGGGGAGUACCUGGAGGCGGAGGGACGCCGGGGGCCGGGGCCAACCCCGGCGGUGUGCCCGUGAAGAGCGAGGUGGUGAACGGCACCCUGGGUAGGCCGAGCCUCGACGACACGUACGCUUCGGUGGACGGACUCAAACGCACGGCGCUCAGCUCCUCAUUGAGAGACCUCUCAGAGACAGGGAAGCGAGGUCGCAGGAACAGUGUGGGGUCAUUGGACAGUACCAUUGAAGGUUCCAUUAUUAGCAGCCCUCGGCCUCACCAGCAGCGCCCCCUGCCGGCUGGAGGUCUUUCCUACAGCCCCAUGAUGGUCCCUUCAUCUCCAGCAGCCUACCGGCCGCACCGCCCUACUCAGAGCCCCGGUACAGGGGUGGGGGGUGGGCCGGGGCUCUGUCACAACCAGGGAGGGGUCCCCACCUCGACACUCGCGAGCGGGGGAGGGGCUGGGGGCGGAGGAGGGAUGGUGGGUGGGGUAGGCCCGACUGGCGGCGGCCUGCUGGGGAAUUUCUUCGGCAGCCGCAGGGGCAAGGUUCCUGGUCCCCUGACGAUGACGUCACCAACUCCACAGGGUCCCCCGAGUCCCCUGAUGAUAUCAUCCCCCCCCCACUACCCCGCUCCCGCACCUCCCAUCCCCCACCCAUCCUCCCCUUCCCCGUGCCCCUCCCCAUCGGCCAACCUUGGCCAGUCGGACUCGGGAGGAGUUGGAGGGGGAGGAGGUACGGGAGGGGGGCCGUCCAAGCUCCAGGCUUUGCACGCCCAGUAUUGCCACGGCAGCAGUGGAGGAGGCGGAGUCAGUGUUACUGGGCACCAGCAGCAGCAGACGCCGCCCCCACCCUACCACCACCAUCACCGCUACCACGUGCAGAGCGUCCCGCCGCACCACGCCCUUUCGCACAGGUUCUCCGCCCCCCGGCGGCAGGGCCCAUCCGGCUGCGCUCCCUCUCAUACCCAGCAGCAUCAGAGGAUUCAACAUGGCACCGCCCAGCACCCGCGCUACAUGGGCUCGGGCUUCACCACGCCCCCCCCACUGUCCCCGCACUCUCCCGUCACCCCUACCACCCCACACGGACUCUACCACUCACACCCUGCAGCGGGGCGUCCGGGUGGAGGCGGCAAGCUCCCAUUAACCAUCUCGCACUCUCAGCCCCACCCCCACGCUCACACACACUCUCACAACCACGUCGUGCACACACACUCCCCGCUCAGCCCCUCCCCCUCCGCUUCCCCCUCCGCCCACUUCAUCUUCUCCACCCCACCGCCCCAGACGCCCUCGGCGCGCCUCGUCACCCAGACACCUCCGCAGCCCUACGCUCCGCAGUAUCCGCCCCUCUCCUCCAUCCCACCUCCCCCUCCGCACUCACCCUUACCUCCCCCUUCGACCGCUCCACUCUCCCCACACCCAGGGCAAGGGGGCGGCCCCAAAUCGAAACCCGUCAGCCGGAUCAGCACGGUCGUGUGA